UGACAUCGCUUACAUCGUGGCACGAAAUGGAAGGCAUCAAGAGUAACGUUCCCGGUCCAACACUGGGUUCGCGAUCGUGCCGGCAGGAGGUCAAAGAACGCGAAUCGCGAACUCAUGCGAUCGGCGCGUUGCUGGCUCUCUCUCUCUCUGUAGAGAGAGGAGCGUGGUCGCUCUCUCGUUGCUCGAACAUCAGACAAGGAGGAAGGAAUGAAAUGGAAGGAACGAAGAGGAAGGACAUAGCUGGUAUUCGCCAGCUGCCGUUGAACGUGUUCAAUGCCGUAGUCGGAGCAAGAAAGCGGUCGGAGAGAAGAGGUCGGUCGGUCGGUCGCUCCGCUUGGUCUCGCUUUUCUGGUGGGGAUAGAGCCGUGUGGGCCGACGGUGCUACUCCUGCUUCGUGUUUCUCUUUCGACUUCAGUCUCUCUCUAUACGUACUGGGAGGUAUCGGCAUUGUUGGCUCGGUUAGCAUGCUCUAGGCGGCUUGGCUCGCUCGACAGGAGCACCACCUGGACUGGCCUCUCUGUCAGGUAGGACCGAAACUGAGACGUUCCAUAGGGGGAACGAAAAUCUACCGACUUCUAUCCCUGGCAGACCUUUCGAUUGACAGUAGAGAGGAAACACGCGAACUCUCCAGCUCGCCUCCUGGAUCGAUCUUCAACCGGGUAGAUUGAACCAAUCCGACGUGACCCAUUGGAAUCUCUAUCGUCUACGUAACAAUCGUUCUUCGACUCGGUUCGAGGAUCCAAACUGUUCAAGAUAAAUCGUCCGUCGGUGUCUCAGGAAUUUCAGUGAAAUCAAUGUGUUGUAACGAGUAUCUAAAGAUUGUAAGACGAUCUUAGCAGGGAAAUAUAACGGCGCUGUAUCCGGCAGUGAUUGCUCCGCGCAAAGAGAGAAAACGUGUAAUGUGCCAGUAGGGAAGGCGAGCCUACGCCGGCUGCAAGUCGAGAUCAACGAUCCGGAGAUAAAGUAAACCGAGAAAACACACUAAAUACUUGUGAAUAUAUUAUUUCAAAAGGAGAUUUAUCGUUAUCCGUGCCCUGUACGAGAUCGGUACCAUUCAAAAAGUUGAAUCGUAAUAAUUCCUACGGUCGAUGCUGGCUCCGUCAGCCAGCCGUGAAGAUAAAACGACACGGAGAUCGAAGGAGAAGAAGAGAAAAAGACGGGAACUUAAUGCGCUAGUGGUAGAUGCAAGCACGGUUGACAGUCGACGAGGACGAAGCGAAAGGCAGCUUCGAACUCGUUAACCGGUUUCCGCGGAUCGGCAUGCAGAACGACACUCGGUGAAGACUACGUACGCCAACCAAGUGGAGCCGAGGAUCUUCCGUGCGUGUCCCACGCGUAAAGCGAUCGGACCGGUCUGCUGGAUCAGAGACGAAUGAUCACCUGCCAACGAUAAUAUACCUUACAGCGGUACAAGGUGGUACUGGAUAAUUCUCGAAACCGACCGUACCUGAAAGCAUGGAUACUGUAAAACGCUUUUAUUGUAACAGUCAGCCGGCCGAACGUUUAUAGUUACACCGUCGAUCCGUCGAGGACAAUUGUAAAAGCAAGGGGAAAGAAACAUUUACGGGAGGAUGUUAAAAUAGAAAAGAUCGAGACAACGUUCGUGGACUGAGAUUAUUAUUCUAGCGACUCCGAACGGAACUCCGGAUCACCGCGGGGACCAUCGAGGCGGGAAGGAAACACGGCUGUCCAUCAUCGGAACGUGCUUUCCUUGUGCUUCGACGAGGUAUUUCGAAUCGCGCGUGAUUCGAGUUUCUCGAAAAAAUUUCACCGGAUACAGGGCGAAAUAACGGAGUGUUCGAAGGAAUGCCAGGGUUGUUCGUGAGGCGCCGAUUUAGCCCUCCGCGAAGUGUAUCCUCUGAAAAGUGUGUCUGUUCGCUGAUAAGUGAAUGAACCACACUGGGUGAUGUCGAGUGCGUGGUUGCAGAGCCGGUGUGCCGGUACUGUACAAAUUAGAAAGUGUGCUAAGUGCCGUGGACAAGUGGAUGCCAAUUAAAUCAACGUCGAGUAUUACAGAGAACUUCGAUCGAAUCCUCGGUUUAAUCGAUAUUCUUCGAAAGUGUUCUGUCAUUCACGAAGCAUGGAGUAUAAUCACAAUCGGCUAUUAUUUUUCAGUAAAGAUACUCCGCGGUUGGAUAUAAAAGUUCUUCACGAUUUACAGUGGAUCGUGUGAUACGUCGAUACGGAAUAAUGAUCAGUGUAUCAGAGAUUUAUUCGUUUAUUAAAUAGAACAUUGUUGACGAGCAACUGAAAAAAUUGCCAAAAUUUCUCGAAAGCCACGAACCGUGCGCUUCGAAUCGUAUUGGAAGACGAAGAGGUGCAACGGUCGCCGUGGCAUGAGGAGGUUCACACGCAGGCGCAAAACCCUGGCCGCAUUCUCUGCGAUUAUGGGACGCCUUGGUAAAGGCUCGCAGAGCACGACAAGGCCCAUUUUCAGGGUACAGUAUCGCAAGCUCGUUGACGAAUACUCCCAGCAACAGGAUCAGCUGAAGUUUAUGCCAGCGUUGCCUGACUACAUGUCUUAUUGCUGUUGUCGAUGCGGGCACACUCAAAAACUCAAAGCGGAGGAGCUAAACACCAUCGUUGGCAAUGCUUUUCGUAUGGCAUACGUGGCGCAACUUCAGCGUCAACCGAUUCUUCAAGAUGUGAUCUCACCUCAAUCGUCGCCACCCUACCGCAAGGACAAACAAGAGAAUCGAUCUUCGUGGAACAAAUCGUUGGCUGGCGACAGUUCAAUUGCCGGCGCGGAAAGCAUUUGCAGGAAUUCAUCUUCGAAUUCGUGGUUAAAAAGUCGGACGUCGCCCACGUCCAGAAGUGGAAGCGGCUCGUCUGCGGCGGACAUGAACGUGCAGCUCGGCAGUGCCGGCUCGCCCACGCUGCGACUCGCCAGCGUGAAGGCACCGACUUCGAUCCCCGGUCUACGGCCGACGCACAAUUUUACGAACGUGCUCGGUCCAAUAACGAACGAGGACGAGCCGAAGAGUAUCUCUCAGCAAAGCACGCCAAGCAGCGAUGAGAGCAACUCGCCAACGGAACUAAACUCGUAUAAGAGACUAACGGACAAGCCGCCUCUGAUAAAGCGGCUGGCGAUGGGUUUGACAGGUGGACGUGAUGUUCUUGGACUGAACGGUGAGGAUGACAGCUGCCCCCUCGUCAGUGGUAGCAGCACACCGACGAGCCCAUCGAACAGGCCGCAUUCUGGGGGCUAUAUAAACGAGGCGAUCAUCGACUCGGAGGGUACGAGGUCAGCCUACAAUAAGAUACCCCCGUCCGAGAGCCUGGAUAACACCAUCAAUGCUUCAAUUACCGCGAAAAACUUAAAUAUUGAAAAUAACAGGAUAGGGCAUAAUUCUCCUAGCUCGGGGACGGAAACAGAAUUUAAAUCGAAGAGAAGAUCUCAGAUUAGUACUUCGAGCAGUUCGGUACCAGCUGACGGAAGUACUCACGGAUCGACACCAACCCCUCCGCCCCUUCCCGAGAGAACGGAUAGCCUAAAUAAUCGCAGCGAAGAAGCGGAAUUGCGCAAAGCUCCCUGGUUUCAAGCUGGAAUACCAAGGGAAAUAACGUUGGAGGUGUUGAGCCAAGAACCGGAAGGAGCGUUCAUGGUGCGGGAGAGUACCAGUAAACCCGGAUGUUAUGCCCUUUCGCUUCGAGUGCCGCGCGAAUUCCAACCAAGCGGAAUAGCCCAUUAUCUUAUAAUGCGUACGAACAAAGGCUACAAAAUUAAGGGCUUCACGAAGGAAUUCACAACCCUAACCGCUUUAAUUACUCACCACUCGGUGAUGCCGGAAUUACUGCCGUGUCCAUUGUCAUUAAGUCGAUACAAUCCUAGCUUUGUGAAAAGCGACUCUAACAAAGACUUCGCAGACAUCGAUUCGGAUCCCGAUUACAAUACCUUAGCCGACUUCCGUAAAAUGAUGGCUGACCUGAAUGUCUAGAAUGAAGUUCGCAAUCAAAUCGGGGAAAAAAAUCGAUCAAUACAUUCACCGAUGCUCUUUGAAAACGAGCAACUAAAACAAAUUCGUUUCAAGGAACGACGAGUAAUUGAAAUACGUACUUCGAUCGUGCACCAAAUCGACGUAAUACGAUUUUAUAGAGAACCUUCAUCACCUUGAAUUACCAUGACAUUUCACGCGAAUCGUGCUCGUCGAUUAACUAAGGAAUUUUCUUUGCUAAUUGAUACCGAGUGAAAAAUGCCGUACGUUCAGGCGGUGAUACGUAUUCGUAAGUCAUUGAUAGGUGUAAGGAACAUAGCCUAAGUAACUUAAUGAAUCGCCACUAUUAACGGAAACAAGAGCGAAUCAAAAAGUCGGAGGACGCGCAGCAGGGAAGCCUAUUCCAUAUUAGUAGAUCAAUUCACAGAGUUUGCGUUGAACAGCCGGUAACUUAGUACGAAUUUAGCUGAAUCGAAUUGAUAAUCAUUUGCAAACUCUCAAUCCGUUGCAUCAGAUACAUCUUAACGCCAGCUCUGUGAUCGAUACAAUUGUUCGCAGGAUUUUUCACGAACUAUAGUAGCGUUUCGAUCGAAUGAAAGUUAUUACAAGAACGAAAUAUUAUAUAUUUUUCAACGAUAUCACAAAUGUCUCUUGACUGAUUUUCGUUCGGACGUUUGACGUUUUUCAUUUAAAGGUCAAAGUUUGCGAACGUUACUUAGAAGUUAUGCUGUAUCCUCGAAAUUAAACCAUGAAACAUUGCUAGAAAAAUUUAGUCUACUAGUUUAUAAUUUUCAGUAACUUAAAUACAAUACUUUCCAUUGUAAUCAAUUAAUUUCUUGGCGACUUUUUCAAAAUUCCACCGUUCUCGAUUCACGCCCGCUAAAUAGUGCUUUACAAAAUUAAUGUAAAUGUGUUUAUAUGUAUAUAAAUUAUAAUUAUUGUUAUACAAUACUACUUAUAUUUAAUUACACGAGAUCGACGGCAGCGUUAGGGAGAACUGCAGCCACGAAACUCUAACCGGACACGGAGGCGGAGGUGGAUUCCAUGGAACUUAUUAUAAUGAUAAGACGAAGAAAUGUAACCUUGCAGUGGUAAUUUAAUUACACGACUAAACUAGUCUUGUACAGAGUUUAUGUGAGCAUAGUAAAUAUUAAAAAAGAAAAGAAACGAAUCGAAUAAAAAACUAAAAUGUAUGAUCAUGUGUGUGUAUUAACAGAUGUUGAUGAACAAAACCGGAAAAACUUUGUGCGGUUUUUAUAUACCCAAGAAUAUAAAAAGUUUAAAAAAAUGCUUAUUGAACGAUAUGGCACAUUGAAUCAGAUUUAACGAACGGCAUAAUACCGUCGAUUUAUCCUACAAAGCAUAGAUGAGACAGCUGGUGAUCAAUAAAUAAUAAAAUAGUAAUAUUUUAAUAAGAAGUUUACCCACGUUCGAAUAUCUGGUAUUAAAUUCAACAGACAACACUCUAUAUCAUAUUAAGAUUUAUAUAUUUAAAAGAAAAAGAAUCGGAUAAACGUGUUUUGCAUUGAUUUAUUUAAACCGAAAUCAACCGGAAGUGUAAUAUUUACCAUGUAAGCUUCAGAAGUGUAGAUGAAACGAAGAUGCGAUAACUUAAAUCGCUCAUUAACAGGGAAUAAGAUUUGCUAUAAUUUCAAUAAUUUACGAACAUUCAAUGUACUUCGACAUCAGAAACGAGGUACAGGAUUAAUUUUUAUAUCAUCAAAUUGAUUGACGUCUGAUAAGGUAAAUACGCAAAGAAACUAAGUGGAAAUUAAUAAAUCAUUGUAAGCUACUCUAAGCGAGACAUUAAUCACUGCUUGAAAUUUGUAACGUUUUACGAAUCAUUAUAGCAAUGCGUUGUAUAAUUUCAAUAAAAUUAUUUAUUACAAUAAA